AGCCAGCUUAUUGGCGCCACAAAGGGGGUCCAGCUGAUGUGAUUUUUAUCUGUUAUCGAAAGUGAUAUCAGAAGCUAGAAGCUUUCUACGAUGUUUGAACGUGAUGCCUACAUCGUUGGGAUCAUAACCAGCCAUGAUGGCCAUCAACUACCCUGGGAAAAUGUUGCUCAUCCUAAAUCCGUUCUCAUGGACAUCAUCGCUUCGCCUUUCCACAAGCUCCUCACGUCCAACGAUUGUCCGACGGAAGAGGAUGUCCAGAAUAUUACCCAAUUCUGCGCCGAACCCGCAGAAAAGAUCCGAAACUUGGAUGUGGAGAUUGCUGAUUUGCAGGAAAGGUUCAAUUCCCUCAUUUCCAAUGGCAGAUCUCUGCAAUCACAGCUGAGAGUUGACGAGCACCUCCCAUCAUCUUUCAUGAAUCUUCUUCUACCAAAGGAAGCGCAACAAUCCUUACUUGUCCACGUGUCGGAGAUGAACGACCAUUAUGAAGAGGUGUCAAAUAUCAUUGACGUCGAGCUCAUCAAUUUACAGGAAAUGAUCCAAACCGUCUCUUCUGAACGCGAAGCGGUGCAGUCCAAUUUUUUGGUUGCCGAACACCUCGCCAUUCUCUCCCCCAUUCGUCGCGUGCCCACAGAGUUACUCCAGGAGAUUUUCCUUUAUUGCAUCGGUGACAAACAAUUCCAGGAUAUUUGGCCAGAGGGUGGGUACGCUUUCGAAGCACCCGUCGUAUUUGGGAGGGUAUGCAGCCGAUGGCGAAGGGUGUCCUUUAGCACCCCCAGUCUAUGGUCUUCACUGAAGAUCACCAUCUCGCGCGUCGCAGGUGCCGUUGAUUGGGCGGCUCCUGGGAGUCGAAAGAUUCUCAGGGCCUGGUUGAAGCGAUCGGGUCGGCUGCCUUUGGAUGUAUGUCUUUCAGCGAGCCGGACGUGCUCAGCAGAGGAGCUAGAGAGAUGUCAUUUAUUGCCUUGGCCUCCCACAUUGCUACCGUUGGAGACGCAUCAUUUUGACGCUGCCGAUGGGCUUCAAUGAUCAUGCAGUUUUCGACAGUCUCUGUUUUCCGAUGUUGGAACAGUUUGCCUUACAUAUUUGCUCCCCCACCAUGCAUGGUCCUAUCGCUGUGAACAACCUCUCUUUCUUGGAA